CCUACUACGCAAGCCGUAUUGCCUCAGCGACGGAAAUGGAUGAUGUAGAGGCGGCUGCCCGUAAGGCCUGCGUUGGCUCUUCCCUCUAUGGCCGCGUGCCAGGUUACAAGGAAAUGCUCUCUGAGAGUACUAUGGAAAUCCCUUCAGCUCUGACCGGGCCUUGGCGCUGCCAGUGGGUUCUUACGGUCCUGAAAUCUCUGGUUUCUGCAGAACGCAGCAAGUCUGAAAAGGCCGAGACAGAUGUCGCGGCUUCAGUCAGCACCCCAAAACCAACACCGCAUGCGCCCAGUGGACAGGGCGCGGCGACGGCCGCAGAAAAUCCCCAGACUGAGGUAGACCAGUCCACCCUUCAUCUGGCUGUGAUGCAACAUCGCUCUGACGUGAAGUUCAUCAGCUCCUGUAACUGUGGCCGACAACAGGCCCCCAGACCCGAUCCCUUCGACUAUCGCGAGGCCAACUGGGAGUUCUACAACUCUCUCGCACUCAGCUGCUGCAGCAAGGUAGGUACUAGAAAUAAGCAAGGGAUUCUGAGUUUACCCAUUCGCCUACCACCUCUGCUCCACAGGGUAGGUCCACCAGUGACUUGCGUGUGA